AGCCGUUUUAUUUCGGCCCGGCGGCUUGCGUGGUAGUGCGGAGGCCGGGGCAGCUAGGGGCGGAAGAGGCUGCCCGACCAUGUAUGCCGACCUGUAUCCCUCGCCCGCCGUGAACUGGUACCCCGACGCUCAGCUGCCAGCCAGGGGCAACCCCGCCGGCCUGUCCUUCCCCGAGCGGCCCGCGGCGGGCGGCGGUCUGCACGGCGAGCUGGCCUGCGACUCGUUCACGAACUGCAACAUCGAGGGCCCCCCCGGCGCCUCGCUGUACAUCAAGAGCGAGUACGGCCCGCACGCGGCGGACGUGGACAAGUUCAACGCCUCCUUCUACACCGUGGCGGCAUCGCAGGGCCUGAAGAGCAUCGGGGCCGGGAGGUGGGCGGGCGCGGCGACUGCGACGGCCGCCCCGGGCGCGGGCGCCCUCGGGGAGUUGACCGUCUACGUGGACGGCGCUUGGGACAUCUCACCGUCGGACAAUUUCGGCCUGCACCACUACUGCGCCACCGCGUACUACCCCGGCGACCUGCAGCGGGACGUGGAAGCGCGCAAGACCCCAGCGACGAAGGGGCACCCCAGCCAGGCCAGGCACGGGCUCGAGGACUGCAGCCUGCAGAGGCGAGUGUCCCUGCCGCACAACCCGAGGCACCAGCUGCUCAUGGUGGACCUCUACGAGGUGGACCAGCUAGGCGACACGUUCAUUGGCCGUGUGACCGUGCCGCUCGCGGAGGGGAGAGUGCCCCAUUCGUUUCCCGAGAGGCAGGAUGACAUGAAUAAGACGAGCAGAAGGCGGAGGUGGAUGCGAAAGUUCACACGUAUUCCGCCACAGAAAAUGUGAGACCCAGACGGUGGUCUGUUGGUUGUUGUUUCAUU